UAUUGAAAAAAAAAACAAGUUUACUGAACAAACAAAACAAUUUUAAUCAUUUUUAAAUAAAUUAAGUUUUCAAGAGAAAUACAGGACCAAAAAAGAAAAUAAAAAUGUCAUUAAUCUGCGCAAUUUCUAAUGAAGUUCCCGAGAUCCCCGUUCUAUCUCCCAUUUCGGGUGCUAUUUUCGAGAAGAGAUUAAUUGAAAAAUAUAUCCAAGAGAAUGGUGUUGAUCCAAUAUCAGGCAAAGAAAUGUCCAUAGAAGAAUUAAUCGAGAUAAAAACUCCGCCUGUAUUAAAGCCAAAACCGCCUAGUGCAACGAGUAUUCCAGCUAUUUUAAAGAUGAUGCAGGAUGAAUGGGAUGCUUUGAUGCUGCAUGCAUUUACACAAAGGCAACAGUUACAAACUGCCAGGCAGGAAUUAUCACAUGCUUUAUAUCAACAUGAUGCUGCAUGUCGUGUAAUUGCUCGAUUGAAUAAGGAAGUAACUGCGGCUCGAGAGGCUUUGGCGACAUUAAAACCACAAGCCGGUAUUACAACAAUUCAACAGACAGUCGUUCAACAGCCAAUUGUUGCCACAGAAGCAACUGGCAUAGCUACACAGCCAAUGGAACAAGCUGGAAUGAGUGCAGAAGUUAUUCAAAAAUUGCAAGACAAAGCUACAAUUUUGACACAGGAACGAAAGAAGAAAGGAAAAUCUGUGCCUGAUGAACUCGUUAAUUCUGAUAAGUUGAGAGGAUUUAUGAAUUUAGCAUCUCAUCCUGGCUUACAUAGUGCGAGUGUUCCUGGUAUUUUAGCAUUAGACAUUAAUAGUAAUGAUAACAGCAAAAUUUUGACGGGAGGAAAUGACAAAAAUGCUACAAUUUUCAAUAAAGACACUGAACAAGUUGUUACUAUUUUGAAAGGACACACUAAGAAAGUUACAAAAGUCAUUUACCAUCCAGAUGAUAGUACAGUCAUAACUGCUUCACCAGAUUGUACAAUUAGAGUUUGGAAUGUUCCCACAUCCCAAACGACAAUUUUAUUAAGAUGUCAUGAUGGACCAGUUACUGGAUUAUCCCUGCAUCCAACUGGUGAUUAUGUGCUGUCUACGUCACAGGAUAAAUAUUGGAGUUUCUCUGAUAUCAGAACUGGACGAUUAUUAACGAAAAUUCAGGAUACAGCUGAACGUGGAUUAACUGCUGCCCAAUUUCAUCCCGACGGAUUAAUUUUUGGAACGGGAACAGACGAUGCUCAAGUUCGUAUUUGGGAUCUAAAGGAACAAAGUAAUGUUGCAAACUUUCCUGGUCACGUUGGUGAAAUUAGUUCCAUUUCCUUUUCUGAAAAUGGUUAUUAUCUUGCGACCGCAGCAGCGAAUGACAGCUGUGUAAAGUUGUGGGAUUUAAGAAAGCUUAAAAACUUUAAAACUAUCCAACUUGAAGAUGGCUAUGAAGUCAAAGAUUUAUGCUUCGAUCAAAGUGGUACAUAUCUUGCCAUUGCUGGAACUGACAUCAGAAUUUACUUAUGCAAGCAAUGGACAGAACUGAAAGUGUUUAACGAUCACACAGCCAUGUCCACGGGAGUUCGUUUCGGAAAACAUGCUCAAUGGUUAGCGUCAACUAGUAUGGAUAGAACAUUAAAACUUUAUGGUAUUGAAUAAGCAUCUAUUGAACCAUUUUGUAUAUAAUUUAAAAUCCAGCUACUUUCCCCUUCUUUUUAUGAAGCCUAGCAUAAUAUUGUAAGUUCAGCGUUCAUUUCUGAAAAUAAAUCUCAUUCAACACAAAAGAAAAAGCGUAUAAUGAGUGCCUAUUAAAAUAACGAAUUUCAAAAAUUCGAAAUCCAUUUUUUCUUCGUAUAAUUUUCAAAAACCGUCAACUUAAUUUUGCAGGUAACGGUUCUUAAAAAUUUGAAAAUUAUAUGAAGAAAAAAAUGAGGUUUUGAAUUUUUGAAAGUCGGUUUUUUAAUAGGC